UGCAGCCGUAUAAUCGCUCAUUUAUCAAAACAUUCCGUGGUGCGGUGAAACUCGUCCAACUUUUUGUCGUGAAUUGUGAUACAAAUGUGUUUCUAACGAUUAAUUAAGUAUUUUAAUUGGAAUCCAAACUUCCUAAAGAUCAUCUAGAAAUUACCAUUUCGAGGAAUAAAGUGUCGAUUCACCACAUUCCUCGAUGCAUCAAAAUCUCGCCGCUCGCUGUGCUGAUGAGUCAUAGCCACACGCAGGCAGAACAAGGAAAGCAACAACACGGGAACAGCAAGUUGCAGACGAACGCCCAGUACCCAGAAUGGCCGAAUCCGGAAUAGAAUCUCCGGCCGCCCCGGAAUGGUUGCUGAAGCUGGAAAGUCGCCGUGAACAGAUCAAGGCCAAGCUGAGCCACGAAAGCGGGAAUGGUGCACCGUGCAACGUUUGUGGAAGCUCCUGUCCCGGGCUGGAUUUACACUUUUGGCGUAAAAUCUGUCGCAACUGCAAGUGCCGCAAGGAGCAGCACGACUGCAUCGACGACGAUGUGAGCGGAUGGGCACAGUUUGAAAUCUUGGGCGCAAUCCGAUCCAAGCCGGCAUAUAUUCGCAUCUCCGAGCUUACCACCGAUAAGCCGGUGCAGCUGGCCUGGGUCCCACCGAACGUAACGCCCGAGCUGGCCUCGGACUACAUGCGGACGCUCGGCCAGCAGAACAUCCCGAUCGUGGGCAGCGAGGCGGCCGAGAAGCGUAAACAGCAGCUCGAGUAUCAAGUGCCCGCGCACGAUCUCGACACGAACCUGUGCCAUAACCUGACGCCGUACGAGGCCGGCCAGCUGAGCGAUUACGUGGAGAAAAUUAAAACGCACUGCGUCGGGCAGGGCACGGUGGUGCGCGUUGGUGGCGAUACGGCUGGCCUGGUGCAGUACGGCACGGUCGUGCAGCAGCCGGCGCAAAGCAUCGGUGCAACGGCUCCGGCCAGCAGUGCGCCGGUCGACACCACAAACGGAACGAAGCGACCGGACUACAUGGAAAGUCCGGUGCUGUCGGACAAGAUGAAGUACAAGCUAAAUCUGAUGGGCAUCGGCAGCUCGGAAAUGGUGGCGCAAGCCAUGCUGUACGAUCCUGCCACCGUGCUCAGUGGAGUGGACCAGAGCGUACCGGAAGCGAUCGUGAAAUUCCACCAGGAGUAUCAAGCGAAUCCAAAGUUUCGCGCCGAAAUGGAUCACUUUGUGGAUCGGCUAAAGUUCCCGACCGCCCAUCAAGCCGCGUACAGUGAACCGGUGACAUAUGGUGAAGGCGGUGCCACGCUUGUGCCGUCCGGAAGUAACGAUUCCGGGUUCGGGUCCAUCCCCGUUAGUCCAUCGCACGCCCAGCUGCUCGGACCGAUGGAAGCGUUGGCACUGGGCGGUGGUGGCGAGCAACGCGGUAUGCCACCGGCACAGCAAGCCGUACGGGAUGCGGUUGCCAUGACGGCGCACCACUGUACCGGCUGCACGCAACCGAUCGCGGUCGGGGAGGUCGCGGUAAAGGUGGACCGGGCAAGCAGCAGCGACCGGUCGAUCUGGCACCCGCAGUGCUUCAAGUGCAACCGGUGCGGAGAGCUGUUGGCCGAUCUGGUGUACUUCUAUCACGGUGGGGCCGUUUACUGUGGGCGUGAUUUGGCGGCAAUGCUGAAAAUACCGCGCUGUGCCGCGUGCGACGAGCUGAUCUUCACGAAGGAGUACACGGCGGCCGAGGGGGCCACGUUCCAUGUGCGCCACUUCUGCUGCUACCACUGCGAUGGACCGCUGGCCGGGCAGCAGUACGUGAUGGACGAGCGGUCGGCUCAGCCGCUGUGUUUGCCGUGCUACAAGGGCCACUACGCGCAAACGUGCGCCACGUGCAAGCGGUGCAUCGGGCCGACGGAACAGGGCGUCGGCUGGGACAAGAUCCACUGGCACAAGGAGUGUUUUCUGUGCAGUGGCAAACACUGCCAAAAGUCGCUGAUCGGCGGGCGGUUCUGUGUGAAGGCGAACCGGCCGUACUGUAGCGCACAGUGCACGAAGGAUAUUUAACGCACGCACGGAAAGGGGUGAAGCGAUGCCAUAGUAAGGGGGCAGUGUGAGUAUUUUAAAUCUUCCUCCCGAUAGUAGUAAUAGUAAUAGGCAGAUUGGAAAGAUGCAUUUAACAAAGUCGAUCACUCGCAGGCUAGUCGAAAAGAUACGGUAUACGGUAUUUUGGGAGGUUUAAAAAAAAGGGAAAUUUUCCAAAAAAAA